AUGGAGAGACGCUGUUUGGACGCACAAAACAAAGGUGUCAGCACGGGGACCACAAUCCUUGCUGCCACUUUUGAUGGGGGAGUUGUGAUUGGAUCAGACUCCAGAGCUUCAGUUGGAGGGGAGUAUGUUUCCUCAAAGACAAUCAACAAGGUCAUUCAAGUCCACGACCAGAUUUUCUGCUGCAUGGCUGGAUCUCUGGCUGAUGCUCAGGCUGUUCUGAAGGCGGCAAAAUUUCACUUAUCAUUUCACAGUGUACAGAUGCAGAGCCCACCACAGGUUAUAGCAGCAGCGUCUGUGUUGAAAGAGCUGUGUUACAACAAUAAGGACGAGCUACAGGCUGGCUUCAUCACUGCAGGAUGGGACAGGAGGAAAGGACCUCAGGUUUAUGUUGUGUCUCUUGGAGGGAUGAUGGUCCGUCAGUCGGUGACCAUUGCAGGCUCUGGCAGCACUUACAUCUAUGGAUAUGUGGAUGCUAAGUACAGGCCAAACAUGACCAGAGAAGAAUGUCUACAAUUCGCCACCAAUGCUCUUGCAUUGGCGAUGGGCAGGGAUAACGUGAGCGGUGGCGUGGCUCACCUGGUCGUGAUAACAAAGUCUGGGGUGGAGCAUGUGGUGGUGCCUGGAGACAAGCUGCCCAAGUUCCACGACCAAUGA